GUUUACCUGGUGACGUCACCAGUGCUAUGUUUUGAAAUGAGCUCAGUGGCCGCCAUACUGGUCUAACGUAACGGAGGAGAGUGAGUCAGAACUGGGACUUGACUGACGGCCGUCACUUUGUUUUGGUUCUUACUUCUUCACCCACGUAAAGACGGGGGUGGCCAUUAGUUUGUGCCGUUGCUGGGAAAAAAAAUCACAAAUCAGUUUCAAACGUUCAACCCUUCAAGUUUGUCACGGAAAUCUAACGUUGCCUGGCAAGUUAUAAAACAGCUCAGACAAUAUGGGCAGCCAGCACCAGCGAAAACCGACCGGCCGGUCCUUCGUGCAAGCUCUGCGCGACAAGUACUGCCUGGACCCGGACGAAGGUUUCGGAGACGGCGGUACGGACUUCGUAAAGAUCAUGUUCGUGACGGGACCAAGGACACCUCGCAAGGAGGGCAGGGCAGGUGGCAAGGCGGAGCUUGGGCACCUGAAGACGGCAGUCCUGGAUCACAGCAGGAUCACUUACGCCGGGAUUCCGCCAGGGGGCCUCACUAACUUGUGUCCUAACAUCACUGACCUUGACCUAUCCAUCAACUGCCUGUCCAGCUGGCGGGAGGUGCUGUCCGUGCUAUCCGAGCUGCCCAAGGUCAAGUCCGUCAGCUUCAGCUUCAACUUACUGCACAACGACAAGAAUUUGAUUGACACGUGGGCGGAGCCGUUUGGACAGCGCCUGGAGCACGUCAUGCUGAACGGUACCGGUGCUGCAUGGGACGUCAUCACGGCACUGGGGCGACGCCUACCGCAGCUGAAGGAACUGCACCUCUGUAAGAAUGGAUACGAGAUGAUAGAUUUCGACAGUGCUGUAGACUCCGCCGCGUUGGCGAGGCUGGAAAUCCUGACACUGAGUGAGAAUCAUAUCAGAAGUUGGCAGGAAGUCUGGAAGCUAAGGUUCCUCCCGUCCCUUCAAUCCCUCGUCCUGUCGGGAAACCCUCUGGAAGACUUGGUCAUCCCCGAAGUGAUUGACAGCACGGCAGACGACCCGUGUUCCAAGACCGCAUCAACACGUGAAGGCCAGGAACAAUCGCGGCAAAUCUCCGAUCACAUCCCGAGCUCUGAAGCGGAAAGCCAGUCCGAAGACGACGCGGCAGACAUCCACGUGAAUUACUCAGAAAUCCAGGACUUAGUCCGCGACGUCUUGGGAAAGGUGACGAGAUCAAGUCUCGAAAACCUCAAGAAAAGUGUCUUGGAGGAGUUCAGAUCAAAGUGCACGGUUGGAGACUCACCAACGGAAGAGAACCAAUCAGAUGGCAGCAGAGAACUUUCUGGCCAAUCACAGAAUUCCGGACAAUCUUUUGAACAAUCAGGUAUUAUUAAGGAGACCCCUAGCCAAUCAGAUGGCGGUGUGUCAUCUCAGACGCGCCCAGUCGACCACGUCCACCUGACGCCGUUCGCCCAGCUGAAGUCCCUGUCUGUGAGUGACACGUCCGUAAGCGGCUGGAGGGACCUGGAGGGGUUACGGAACUUCGCGAAGUUGGACACACUCAGAAUACAGGGAAUUCCACUGCUUAACGACGCCAGCCCAGAGGACAGGAGACAACUUUUCAUUGCAAGUCUGCCCAGCAUCACCAAGUUGAACGGCAGUCGCGUGGCCGACAACGAGCGGGAGAAAGCUGAGCGAUUCUUCCUGCGCCACUUUGCAGACAAGGACGACAAACCCGCCACCUACCGGUUGCUGAAGGAAAAGCAUGGCGAGCUGAGUCCGGUGAGGCAGGUGGACAUCCGGCGGGGUUUCCACGCCUGGGCGGAGGUCCGGCUGGUGUACGGCGGCAGGACUGUGGAGGAGGCCACGCUCCGCACCAACGAAACCAUCGGCAAACUCAAGAACUACUGCGCGCGCCUGGUCAAGCAGUACCCACCCUGGGUCCGGCUGUACCAUGUCGCCAAGAACAGCUGGGAGGACGGCACCUCUGAGAUGCAGGAACUCUUCCUAGACUCCCUCCCUCUGAGCAGGUAUGACGUAAAGGAUGGGGACGAGAUCCUGAUUGACGUGUCCCGGUCAGCUGGUCAUGACUGUAGGCUCACCGCUAAUACCAAAGUCACCAGACGAUAAUCGUCGGGAGCAACUAAAUUUGAUUUCAAAUCUAGAUUUUAGCCUAGCAAAUUAAAUGUUAAGUAAUAAAACACAAUUGGAGUUUUUUUUAUCACUUCUAAUAUUCCAGAACAUAUGCGGGGCAAGAAAUGACACUUUGAUAGAGUUAUUUAGACAUUCAGAGAUUUUUUCUUCAUACACAACGAGGAGAAAUUUACCUCCGGUUAACUGUCACCUGUGGAUGAUAAUUAUUCAGAUGAUAAUGACUGCUGCUGUGCUAGAUUUGGUAGUGAUUUGCAUGAUGAAAGUUUUCAUGGAUCCUUCAAUUCUCAGCUUUACAUUCAUAGUUUGCUUGAUUUAUACUUUCAUAUCAUGCAAUGUAAAGGUAAGCUAAAGUAUGACGUAGUGUAAUGCAAUGUAGCAUAUCAUAAUGUACAAAAAUGUACCUACGUGCUAAAUUGAAUAGAAUGUGUGUGUUUUACAUUUUCAUACUGUAACGAUGUACCACUAUUGAUCGGAGUAUAAAAAUAUUUCUAGAAGAGGUGAGAUGUA